GCGCGCAGUUGGUGUGGGUGGGCCAAGGUGCGAGGCGCUGUGCCAGGCGCUGUGCCAGGCGGGGGGCAGCGGACCCUAGAGGGAGCAGCCCGGGGACCAGCUGCCCGCUGCCAGCCUGGGACUCAGGAGCAGGGGGGGCAACGGGGAGCAACUCCUCCGUCCUGCACUGUCGAGCUUGGGCAGAGUUGGGGUUGUCCUGCCAGGCAAGGCCUCCGAGGCGGGUCCGAGGGAGCCGGCCGGGACCCCCGCGUCCAACCCGACCGUCGCCUCGGAGCUGAGUUGUGCGGAUCGUGCCGGGAUCUCCGCCGGCUCCGGGGCCUGUGGCCGUCAGGCCUGCCAGGAGAAGACCCCUCUGGCCAGCCCCGCCUCGCUGCCUGUCGCACCAACAGCCCGACCGGGCCAGGCCCGCAGGCCGGGAUGGAGCACCUGGGAGCCGGUGCCCCCCUGCCCGACCCCGGCGGCAGCGACUUCGACCGGAACGUGCCCCGGAUCUGCGGUGUCUGCGGAGACCGCGCCACCGGCUUCCAUUUCAACGCCAUGACCUGCGAGGGCUGCAAAGGCUUCUUCCGGAGGAGCAUGAAGCGGAAGGCGCUCUUCACUUGCCCCUUCAACGGCGACUGCCGCAUCACCAAGGAUAACCGGCGGCACUGCCAGGCCUGCAGGCUCAAGCGCUGCGUGGACAUCGGCAUGAUGAAGGAGUUCAUCCUGACGGACGAGGAGGUGCAGCGGAAGCGGGAGCUGAUCGUGAAGCGGAAGGAGGAGGAGGCUCUGCGGGCCAGCCUGCGGCCCCAGCUGUCGGAGGAGCAGCAACGCCUCAUCGCCAUCCUCCUGGAAGCCCACUCCAAGACCUACGACCCCACCUACGCCGACUUCAGUCAGUUCCGGCCCCCAGUGAGGAUGGCCACGGAAGGGGAGCUGUACCCCUCCAGGGCGUCCUCCUCCCUGACUUCCGACUUCUCCUCAGAGGACUCGUCCUUGGACCCCCACUCUGUCUUCUCAGAGCCCAGGGAGCCCCCCGCCUUCUCCAGCUCGUCCCUGAGCGACGACUCGGACGGUGACCCCAUGACCCUGGGCCUCUCCCAGCUGUCCAUGCUGCCCCACCUGGCCGACCUGGUCAGCUAUAGCAUCCAGAAGGUCAUCGGCUUUGCCAAGAUGAUCCCGGGAUUCAGGGAGCUGAGCGCCGACGACCAGAUCGUGCUGCUCAAGUCGAGCGCCAUCGAGGUGAUCAUGCUGCGCUCCAACCAGUCCUUCACGGCCGACGACAUGACCUGGACCUGCGGCAGCGACGACUACAAGUACUGCAUCAGCGACGUGGCCAAGGCCGGACACAGCCUGGAGCUCAUCGAGCCCCUCAUCAAGUUCCAGCUGGGGCUGAAGAAGCUCAACCUGCACGAGGAGGAGCACGUGCUGCUCAUGGCCAUCUGCAUCGUGUCCCCCGACCGCCCGGGCGUGCAGGACGCGGCGCGGGUGGAGAGCCUGCAGGAGCGCCUGUCCACCACGCUGCAGAGCUACAUCCGCGCCCGCCACCCGCCGCCCGGCUCGCACCUGCUCUACGCCAAGAUGAUCCAGAAGCUGGCGGACCUGCGCAGCCUGAACGAGGAGCAUUCCCGCCAGUACCGCUGCCUCUCCUUCCAGCCCGGCAGCAGCACCAAGCUCACCCCCCUCGUCCUCGAGGUCUUCGGCAACGAGAUCUCCUGAGGGGGCCCCGGGCCCCCCGCCGCCGCCCGGGGAGGAGGGCGGCCCCCUCCC